AUGUGGUAUCGUUAUAUAAUUGGUGUUAAUCUCAUACUCAUUACUUAUAUUCUUUUAUACCAUUUUCACGAUCAUGCAUCUUUGGCGAUUAAUCUAUUAUUUUAUAGUUUUUCAAAAAUAUAUCAAAAUAAUCAUCAUACUGCAAUUAUAUUAGCAAAAACACCUUCAGUUCGAGUGCUAAAACAUUUAAAUGCUUUGGUUCAUGUUGGUGUGGAUGCUUUUGUUAUGUGUGAUGAACAACCAUCAAAGUAUACUAAUAUAACAAGUCGUAUUUUAUAUGUUAAUGAUGAAAGUGUUGCUCAAUAUGGUUUAACUGGAAAUCGUGUUUGGGAUCGCGUUUUCGUUUGGUUAUAUAAUCAAACUUCACUAGAUUAUGUUUGGCUGAUGGAAGAAGAUGUUACAUGGAGUAAUAUACAUUAUAUGGUUGAUUUAUUUGAUAGAUAUGCGAAUAAUCAUGCAGACCUUUUAGCAAGAAAUAUUAUCUAUAGAAAUCGAGGAGCACGUCGCUGGCUGCAUUGGCCAAAAGUAUUUUUAAAAAUACUUCCAGAAAAUAAAUGGUCUGGUUCAUUAAAUAUGCUUUCACGUGUAUCACGUCGAUUAGUCAAUGCUCACCAAUACUAUGUUCAACAAUUAUUAUCUGAACGAAAAAAACCAAACGUAACACAAUUCGAUAAUGAUUAUUAUUAUCAAGAAUUUCUUAUUCCAACUGUUGGUCAUAUGUUUAAUUUAACAAUGCUUAUAUAUGAUUAUUCGAAAAUGGAUGUUUAUGUUUAUAGACUUAGCGAAAAUAAUAUUCGUAAUUCAUUAGAAGAUGGUAAACAUAUUUUUCAUUCUGUUAAACAUGAUAGUCCACUAUUAAUCAAUGCUACUGUAAUAAAAAAGAAAUAG